AUGGAGGCCUACUGCAAGGAGGUAUGCAAGCUUGAGGACAAGUUCCACAGCCUCGAGCUCAUUCAUGUCGCACGGCGAUACAAUGAAGCGGCCGAUGAGCUUGCCAAGAUUGCGUCCACUCAAGGCACUGUUCCACCAGAUGCAUUUUCAAGGGACUUGCUCGAGCCAUCUAUCGACCUAGGCGCGGGGGCAAGCUCCAAAACUCCCACUCCCGAGCCCGCCGACGCGAUCGAGGCCCUGCUGACGGCGGUAGAAGUAAUGGAGGUUGAGCAAACCUCUCAACACCCCGGUCAACCAUUCGACUGGCGCACGCCCUUCCUCGACUGCCUGAUCCGGUGUGAAUUGCCAGAAGAUUGA